AUUAAAAAAUAAUAAGAAAUAGACCGAAGUAUUCAGUUCCAACCAUGUCUACAGACCUUAUCAUUUCUCGCAAUGUCUGCACUUUACUCAACCGAAAACCGUCAACUCCCCGCCACAUUUUAUCUCCUACUAGUAAAACAUCCGUCAAAUGUCGCCUCAAAACGGUGUCGGAGCUGCAGACGGAGGUGGAAGUGACCGGAAAAACCAGUGAUCAGUCUCCUUCAAUUCCCGUCCAUAAAGUCACCGUUCAUGACAGACAACGAGGUGUCUCUCAUGAGUUUCUUGUUCCUGAGGACCAAUACAUAUUGCAUACUGGUGAAUCAUACAAUAUUACACUUCCAUUUGCUUGCAGGCACGGUUGUUGUACUAGCUGUGCUGUACGUGUAAAAUCUGGAGAAAUUAGACAACCUGAAGCGUUAGGGAUAUCGGCUGAGCUUAAAUCCAAGGGAUAUGCACUUCUUUGUGUAGGUUACCCAUCUUCUGAUCUCGAAGUAGAAACACAAGAUGAGGAUGAGGUGUAUUGGCUUCAGUUUGGAAGAUAUUUUGCCCGAGGACCGAUUGAAAGAGAUGAUUAUGCCUUGGAGUUGGCCAUGGGUGAUGAGUAAGCAUUGUUGCACAUUCACGGAACUAAAAGUGAGAUCAAUCUAGUCUAGUAUGCGGAUUGUUUUGAACUUCCCUUUACUCUUCAUUCCGACUCUUCUUUUGUGUCUGCUGAUUUCAGCUUAACAUACACCACGGUCCAUAAGUAAGUAGCUUGAAUGGGGUGUAGGACAUGUAGUAGCUCUCUUGUGAAUUCAUGUAUGUAUUAAUCCUGUUCAUUAUUUGCGAGCAUUUCACUCUUCA